AUUAGCAAAUAAAAUUUUAAGUUUAUUAGCUUCUUGUAAAAUGAUUUAGCAAAUUUAAUUGUUUAUAAUCAAAUAUGUUCAAAAUUUUUCGUGCAAUAAUAAAUAAUAAAAAGCUGACAAAUGUCUGCAUAUCUACAGUUGAGCGGACGAAUUCGUCCUGUACAAUUGUGACACAGUGCAAGGGUGUACGUGAAAUAACCUUCAAUGAGCCAGAAACACGCAAUACUCUUUCCAUUGGAAUGAUGGAUACGCUACAUGAGAACAUAAUGAAAGACUCAAAUGACGAAGAAUUACGUUGCAUAGUGUUAUCAUCAAAAGGCCCAGUGUGGUCUUCGGGACAUAAUCUGAAAGAAAUUGCUGCAAGUAAUGCACAACAACAAAUGGAUAUUUUCAAUAAAUUAGCAGCAAUAAUUUAUAGUAUACACAGUUCGCCGGUACCAGUUAUAGCGAAAAUAAACGGUCUCGCUACGGCAGGUGGUUUACAAUUGGCAGCAUCCUGUGAUUUGGUUGUGUGUUCGGAUGUGAGCAGUUUUUCAGCACCAGCUGCGCAAAUUGGCAUAUUCUGCAAUACUCCCGGAGUUGCUAUUUCACGUGUGAUGCAACGACUACAAUCAAAUUACAUGCUUCUAACUGGACUGCCCAUAAGCGCACAAGAAGCUUAUAUUGCAGGUUUAGCUAGUAAAGUCGUACCUGAGGCCCAAUUAGAUGAAGAGAUGUGUCGAAUUACUAAUUCCAUAACAACGAAAAGUCGUGCUGUGAUUGCUUUGGGAAAACAAUUCUAUUACAAACAACUCAAUAUGAGCCUUAAGGAUGCUUACGUUGCAGCAUCCGAGAAAAUGGUCGAGAAUCUCAAUUUGGAUGAUGGCAGGGAAGGUGUUAAAAGUUUUCUGGAAAAGCGUGAACCAGUUUGGACUCACAAAUAAAGUUAACUUUUAAAAUAUUUGUAAAUUAAAAGCUAAUUAUCUAUGAGAUCGAAGAUCAGUGCAUUUAUUUUAUAUAUACUAUUUUUGGUGGAUGUAUUUUUAAUAAUAGUUU